GUCAACAUCUGAGGAUAACCACUGGAGACUUCAGUGAUUUCAGAAACACCAAACUUUUCCAGGAUUCAAUAGUAGAACUUAACAAAAAAAUAUGGAACUUUGCUUUCUCACCACAUGCAACCAAAGGAUGUCUAUGCGUCUCACCUUGACAGCCCUUGUUUUUUCACUGAUGGCCGUGUUCCCCCGGGUGGCUGGUUGGUCCUACCACAGCUCAGUUGAGAAGAUGACCUGGGACAGCGCCAGGGCCUGGUGCAGAGACCACUACACUGACAUGGUGGCCAUCCAGAACCAGGAGGAGAUCCGGCACCUCAAUGCCACGAUGCCGUUCGUCCAAGGAUACUACUGGAUCGGCAUCCGCAAGGUCAAUGGGAAUUGGACCUGGGUUGGUACUAAUAAGAUGCUCACGCCCGAGGCUGAGAACUGGGCCACCGGCGAGCCCAACGGAAAGAUCUCCAAGACUGGCAAAGGAAACAUGGAGGACUGUGUGGAGAUUUACAUCCAGAGGCAGACAGACUCGGCAAAGUGGAAUGAUAUAUCUUGCACAAAAAAAAAGACAGCUCUGUGCUACACGGCCUCUUGUGAUGAGAACUCUUGCAGUGGGCAUGGAGAAUGCGUGGAGACCAUCAACAACCACACCUGCGAAUGCUUUAAAGGCUUUUAUGGUGAAAAGUGUGAAAAAGUCGUGCAGUGUGCGAGUGAGGUCAUCGUGGCUCCGCCUAACGGCUCCGUCAGCUGUUUCCAUCCCCAUGGCGACUUCUCCUUCGCCUCCGAGUGCUCCUACUCCUGCCAGACGGGCUACCAGCUCAGCAGCUUCCCCAACCUCACAUGCACACACACCACCGCCUGGUCCUCCACACCCCCCACCUGCCAAGUGGUGGAGUGCGAGGAGCUGGCCCGGCCUGAUAAGGGCUUCAUGUCCUGUUCCGUUCCUCUGGGCUCGGCCUUCAGCUACACGUCCGUCUGCCAGUUCGCCUGCGAGGAAGGAUACGUCCUCAGCGAGCCCCUCGCCGCCGCGCUGACCUGCGGAGCCCAGGGCUGGUGGAACGGCACGCAGCCACACUGUGAAGCUGUUCGCUGUCCCCACAUGGAGGCCCCGGAGCAUGGGAGCAUGUCCUGUGACGGCGCCCCGUCAGCACCCAACAGUUACCCAGCCCAGUGCACCUUCACCUGUGAACAUGGCUACCGGCUGACUGGCACGUCUGCCAUCAGCUGCACAGCAUCAGGCCAGUGGACUGACCAGCGCCCUUCAUGUGAAGCCAUCACCUGCCCUAGACCCGAGAGCCCUCACCUUCUCUCCAACUGCUCCACCUCGCUACAACUCCAGCGCGUGGGCGCCACCUGCGCCUUCAGCUGCAGUACCGGCUUCGUGCUCCGGGGGGAGCGAGACAAAGUCCAGUGUGGCGAGACGGGCCAGUGGAGCUCCCAGACCCCCACGUGCGAGGUGGUGAAGUGUGCCCCUCUCCAGGCACCUGCCUCAGGCAACGUGACCUGCAACGGCCUCUCAAGGGGAGCCGUCUGCCACAUCAGCUGCAAUGAAGGCUUUGCCCUCCAGGGGGCGAGAAAGGCGCAGUGCGAAAACAGCGCAGAGUGGAGACUGGAUGGAGAGGCACCCACCUGCAGUGCAAUCCAAUGUCCUGCCAUGGAGGCUCCCCAGUAUGGUCAUGUGUCCUGUGAUCACGACUCCUCAGUGUCCAGCAGCUGGCCUAACCAGUGCAGCUUCUCAUGUGAAGAGGGCUUCAGCCUGGUGGGGGCGUCUACCGUCAACUGCACAACAGGCCAUUGGACACAUCAGACUCCCAUGUGUGAAGCAAUCCAAUGUCCUGCCAUGGAGGCUCCCCAGUAUGGUCAUGUCUCCUGUGAUCACGACUCCUCAGUGUCCAGCAGCUGGCCUAACCAGUGCAGCUUCUCAUGUGAAGAGGGCUUCAGCCUGGUGGGGGCGUCUACCGUCAACUGCACAACAGGCCAUUGGACACAUCAGACUCCCAAGUGUGAAGCUAUCCAAUGUCCUGCCAUGGAGGCUCCCCAGUAUGGUCACGUCUCCUGUGAUCACGACUCCUCAGUGUCCAGCAGCUGGCCUAACCAGUGCAGCUUCUCAUGUGAAGAGGGCUUCAGCCUGGUGGGGGCGUCUACCGUCAACUGCACAACAGGCCAUUGGACACAUCAGACUCCCACGUGUGAAGCGGUGAAGUGCCCGGUGAUCCAGACGUCCAGCGACAGCCUGAUGAACUGCAGCCGGGGUGUGGAUGGCCAGGAGGGUACCUACGCCACCCACUGCACCUUCAGUUGCCAACAGGGACUCCUGCUGCACGGCAACCACACCAUGACGUGCAGUCGGCAUGGCAACUGGACGGGAGACAUUCCGGAAUGCCAGGCUCCACCUGAGCCUUUGGUCAACCCCAGUACCAUCAUGAUGGCAGCAGGGGGCGCCACUUCACUGUCGGCUCUCUCUCUGAUCUUCUGGCUGCUCAGGCGAAUGCAACAGAAAGGAAACAAGUUUGAU